AUGGCAACACUUUCCGGUAGCUCUGUAUCAUCAAAAGAACUUCGAAAGCAACUCAAUCAUGAACGCCAGAAAUGUUUUAGAAAUAAGAAUAAAGAAACUACCUCACACCUAUCUAUUGAUAUUUCUGAAGACCUUCAAGACUUACUUAAUAUCAAAGUUCCUACAGUUGUAAUUGAACCUCCUGCUAAUAAUACUAAUUCUGCUUCUGCAACAUCAGAAGAAUAUCGAAAGCAACUCAACCGUGAGCGUCAGAAAUGUUUUAGAGAUAAAAAUAAAGAAACUACCUCACACCUAUAUAUUGAUGUUUCUGAAGAACUUCAACACUUACUUAAUACUGAAGUCCCUACAGUUGUAGUUAAACCUCCUGCUAUCGAUACAGAUUCUAAUUCUGACAACCUCUCACCCAUACUUACUACCGAAGUCUUUAUCGUUUUAAUUGAAUCUCCUAUAAUUGGUACUAAUCUUGAGUUAACUAAUAUCCAAAAUAAUCCAAAAUCUCGCCAUGGUAAAACUAUAUGUCAUGAUAUAGAUAGAAUAGACCAGACCUGUCGAUAUUGCAAAGCUAAGUUUUGGAUGAUAGAAAAAGAUCAAAAUAGUAGAUACGCUGUAUCGAGAUUUCUCCUUUGCUAUACCAACGGCAAAAUACAAUUACCACCAGCUUAUAACAGUGCUUUAGCCUGCAUAUCUUUUAGUGCUAAUGUAGAUCACCAAUUUCUAGAACAUGGUAUAACAAAUUUUUGGAUUCAUGGCCAAGUCUAUUAUCUAAUCGGUUCAUUAUUACUAGAUAAAGAAUCUAAAUGGAAGCAUUCUACAAAAUUUACAGAAUAUGCUAGAUACUUGCAACCUGUAUAUCCAAAACUUUCAGAUGAUACUGAAUGGGAUGCCUGUUUGCUUGAAGCAAGUGCUAUACAGACAGGACACCAACUUCGACAGCUUUUUGCAAACAUACUUCUAUUUUGCCAAUCGGAUAAUCAUAAAGUAGUAUUGUGUGAGGAUAUUUUAUAUCAAGCUCAUAUACAAUUACAAGAUCUCGAUGAUGCGAGUAAUAUUCCUAAUGUAAUUGAAUAUGAAGCCCUUAUUCAAUUGAAAAAUAUACUUUUACUAAGUGGAAAAUCUUUAAAAGAUUUUCCCAUUAUGCCAAUUCCCCUAUUACUUCAAAUAUCACUAAUAAUGAAGAAACAUUAA